CUUGGAUUACAUUAAUCUUUUCGCUUUCAAUUUAAUUGUCUCUCUAGAUUUCAUCAAUUCUUCACAACUACUUCUUAAUAUCAUCAUUACUCUUUUUUCUAACGUUAAGGACUUGCACUUUCUUGAAUUCUCAUUAGUUUUCAGCUGGUAGUCUCAGAAUGUGACUGGUUGUUGAGGUGUUCAAAUUGCAUAUUGGCAUGGAGAAUCAAUUGGAUAAUCUUGGGUCGAAAAAACUAAUAAAGAAGCAUGAAUUUGUGAGGGUCAUCAUUCAGUGUCUCUAUUCUUUAGGCUACAGAAAGUCUGCUGUGUGUUUGGAAUCAGAAUCUGGGAUUGGCUACAAAUCUGAUGAAUUUGAGACCCUCGAGUCGCAUAUUCGUGAUGCUAAUUGGGAUGCAUGUAUUGACAGCCUUAAUAGACUUAAUGGCUUGACCAAUGAGACAAGAGCUUCGGCGUUGUUUCUUGUUCUCAAACAGUGGUUGUUAGAGUAUUUGAAUCGUGGGGACGACUCUUCAGCUUUGGAAAUCUUACGAAAAAAAAUAUCCGGUUUAGAAGUUGGGAAGGAGAAGGUUCAUACGCUUGCUUUUGGAUUGCUCUCCUUGAAGGAGUUAGGGUUGGAUAAGGUAGAUCCUGAUGCUAUCUAUAACUUCCGAAAAAGUUUGUUUACGGAACUUGAAAAAGUACUGCCACCACCCAUUACAUUGCCGGACCGAAGGUUAGAGUACUUGGUUGAAAUGGCUGUAUGGUCACAGAUAGAUAACUGCGUGUUUCAUAAUUCAGUUGAUGCAAUUUCGCUCUAUGAAGAUCACCACUGUGAUGGCAGUCAAUUUCCAACGAAGACCAUGCAGAUCCUGACUAACCACAGAAAUGAAGUCUGGUAUGUCCAGUUCUCGAAUAAUGGAAGCUACCUGGCCUCAUCAUCAAGUGACUGCACAGCCAUCAUUUGGAAGGUACUGGAUGAUGGGAAACUGACCCAGAUACAUGUGCUGCAGAGCCAUGAAAAGCCAAUUUCUUUUGUAGCAUGGAGCCCGGACGAUACAAUGUUGCUAACCUGUGGGAACAUAGAAGUGCUCAAGCUCUGGGACGUGGAAACAGGUACAUGCAAGCACACAUAUGGUGAUGCUGGUUUCAUUGUCAGCUCAUGUGCUUGGUUUCCCGAUUCUAGGCGAUUCGUCUGUGGCAGUUCGGACCCUGAAAAAGGCAUAUACAUGUGGGACUCUAAGGGUAAUGAGCUCAAAUCAUGGAAAGGGACGCGGAUGCCAAAGGUUCUAGAUCUUGCUAUUACACCUGAUGGAGAAAAACUUAUCAGUAUAUUUUCUGACAAAAAUAUCCGAAUAUUGAAUGUGGGGACAGGUGCUGAACAUGUGAUUCCAGAGGAGCAUCCAAUCACAUCCCUUUCACUAUCAGGGGAUGGUAAAUUCUUCAUAGUAAACCUUAAUAGUCAAGAGAUUCAUAUGUGGGAUGUCGCAGGCGAGUGGCUUAGCCCCAUGAAGUUUAAAGGCCACAGACAACAUAAGUAUGUGAUACGCUCCUGUUUUGGAGGAGUGGAUAGCACUUUUAUCGCCAGUGGUAGUGAAGAUUCAAAGGUGUAUAUAUGGAAUCGCCGAGGUUCAAAGCCUAUCGAGAUCUUGUGUGGCCAUUCAAUGACUGUGAACUGUGUGAGCUGGAACUCAAAAAGGCCUCAUAUGCUAGCUUCAGCAAGUGAUGAUCAAACUAUUCGCAUAUGGGGACCUGAUGUUCAAGGUAGAUAGUAAAAGAGUAAGCUGGUGUAUGCAAAUGGAUUUUUGUCAAUUGCGAGUUUCAUUUGCCGUGUAAAUCUGUAGCUUUCAUUUCUUCAAAUUUUGGCAUGUCUAUCUGCUGUAAAUUGCUAUAGCGUAGAAUAGAGAAGAAUUUUGGCGACUCGUAUUUGUACAAUGCCGGGUUGAUUUUGCACCCUGUGCCAUUUUGGAUGCUAAUAAGUAGUAAGAUACUUUUACUAG